AUGAAAAUUAAGACGACUCAUUCUCAAAAGCUUCAACUGCUGUCUGCUUGGCGCCACGAAAACAUCCACUCGUUAUUGCAAACGGCGUGGGCCUUACUCCUACACUGCUAUACCGGCUCUAAUGAUGUAUGCUUCGGCUACCAGUAUUUUGAUUCCUCAGACACUGGAGACUUGUCGACAGUCAGUCUUACCAUUAAUGAGGAUGAUUCUGUCCUAGCAAUCCUGCAAAAUGUUACAGGAAAAUAUCAUCUUAUUCAAGACCCUGGCAUGCGUACAGUGCCGAAUGUUGUGCAUGACAGCUACAUGCUAUAUAACACCACUCUAAUGAUACGCGUUUGUGAUUCCACACAAAACUCCACAAGUGCUCAGGCGCAGUCGGUUCUAGCCAUUGCACUACCAGAUAAAUCCCGUGUUAGACUCCAUGUGAAACUGCUGGAGAAAGAUAUCAGCAUGUUCUUAGAAUGGUGGAGUGAUGAGAUAUCUACAGAGCAGAUCAAAAGCGUAGCCAAGUACUUCGAGAAAGCGUUGGCACAAAUUAUUUCUGAAGACGAUGUUGCAGUGAAGGAGCUGGAUGGGAUCUCGGAAAGUGACUGGUCUCGCGUCUGCAAGUUCAAUUCAGUCAUCCCGGAGAGUCUUGACCGUUGUAUCCACGAAGUCAUUCGGGAGCAGGCGCUUCUUCAUCCAGAGAACGAGGCAGUAUGCGCCUGGGAUGGAAGCUUGACUUAUAAGGAGCUGGAUAUUUUGGCUUCUCGGGUAGCAUACUGCCUUCAAGAGCAGGGAGUUGGGCCCGAGAUUCGCGUCGCUCUCUGCUUUGAUAAGUCUAAAUGGAACAUCGUCGCAAUGCUCGGCGUUCUGAAAGCUGGGGGUGCUUUUGUGCCUCUUGAUCCGGCAUAUCCAACAUAUCGUGUACAAUAUUUGAUGCGACUAGUAAAAGCUAGUAUCUUAAUGUGCUCCAGGAAACAUGAAGAAAAUUUGAAAUAUCUUACACAAACGUUGAUACCGUUGGAUGGGGAAACCUUGGAACGGGUUCCAGCUUCGCCAGAGAAGGCAAACCCACAAGCCGAAGUUAAAAGCCACAAUGCAGCCUAUGUGAUAUUUACUUCCGGGUCAACGGGGGAGCCGAAGGGCACUCUGGUAGAACAUAGAGCAUACGUAUCUGGGGCUGUGGCUCAUGCUCCCCAGCUUCAUAUCAACGCUGACUCACGAGUACUACAAUUCGCAGCGCAUACAUUUGAUGCAAGUCUUAUCGAUAUCCUGACCACUUUGAUGCACGGUGCUUGCAUCUGCGUGCCGAGUGAGGAGCAAAGACUGAAUGAAGUUGUCAACGUGAUCAGAGAUAUGGAAGUAAAUCGUGCUUCACUGACACCAUCUUUCGUUGAUUUUAUCGAUAUUUCGAAAAUUCCAGGACUGAAGACACUCGUUCUAGCCGGAGAGGUAAUGUCUCAGUCGCAUUUGGACACCUGGUCAAGAAUUAAGCUUAUCAAUGCAUACGGACCUACCGAAUGCUCUGUUCAUGCAACAGCUAGCAAUAAAAUUACGCCAACUUCUGACUGUAGGGAUAUUGGGCUCCCUGCUGGGGUCCGUUGUUGGAUAGUGAACCCACAAUGCCAUGACCAGCUUGUUCCUGUCGGCUGUGUGGGUGAAUUGCUGCUAGAAGGACCAACACUUGCUCGAUGUUACAUAAACAGCACAGGAAAAACCGCUGAAGCCUUCAUUUACAAUCCAAGUUGGGCCAAGGCUGAGAAUGGAAGCCACUCAGACCGGAGAUUUUACAAAACUGGGGACCUGGUAAGAUAUAACUCUGACGCUGGCUCGCUAACCUACAUAGGAAGAAAAGACACGCAGGUCAAGCUCCAUGGACAAAGAAUUGAGCUAGGAGAGAUUGAAGACAACCUAAAUGCGGACCCAACAGUUAAACAUUGUCUAGUUUCCCUUCCAAAAUCUGGGUUCUAUGAGAGCAAACUAGUAGCGGUCAUAUCACUGUCUGAACAGUCAAAUGCUUCAUCGGAGUCAGAUGCAGUACCUUUGAGAUUGCGUCAGCAUUUAAAUAAGGCCGCGGUUGUUGCAGAAAUCCGCCAUCGACUAUCCUCACGACUGCCGACGUAUAUGAUUCCCAGUUCAUGGUUAUGUGUUGAAGCCCUGCCUCAGCUUGCAUCCCGCAAACUUGACCGAAAAGCAACCGCGACUUGGGUUGCAAAAAUGGAGAACGACCCGGAAAUUGGGGUGGCCAAGCUCAGCAUUGACUCUAACGAGGGGAUUAUUCGCUCUGAAAAUUUAGCAGAGGAUCGACUAGCUUCGAUCUGGUCUCGCGUGCUCAACAUUCCUAAGAGUCAUAUUAGUCUCGACGAAAGCUUUCUUAGUUUAGGCGGAGAUUCGAUUGCUGCGAUUACCUGCAUGGGAUUUUGCAAAAAACAAGGCAUUGGCAUUACCGUGCAAGAGGUGCUUCAAAGCAAAUCCAUCAAAAACUUGGCAACGCAGGUGACGGAGAUCAAUCAUGUCACAGUCUACGAAGAAACUGUUGAGCAAACAUUUGACCUUUCGCCAAUACAGAAACUCCAUUUUAUGAUGAGAAAGGAACGUCAAGGUUACUUCAACCAGGGCGUUUCUACUCGCUUGAAUCAGCCCAUUGGCGAGCGUGACCUCCGCAAUGCUAUCGAGGCUCUUGUUAAACGUCACUCAAUGCUUCGGGCUCGAUAUACGAGUACUGGAACAAGAAUUAAGCAGCGUAUUACUGAAGAAGUCGCUGGUUCCUACUGCUUACGCACACACAACGUUGGCUGGCAGGACGACAUUGAACAGGCCAUUGCAGACAGUCAGCUAUGCAUUAAUGCAUUUGUGGGCCCAACGAUGACAGUGGAUCUCUUUCAUGUCGAUGGCGGGGAGACUAUUCUGUCGAUGAUUGCGCAUCAUUUGGUGGUUGACAUUGUUUCGUGGAGGAUCAUCCUGGAAGACUUGGAGGAUUUCUUGUUAAAUCCACAACAAGAUACGCCUGGAAAUGGCUCUCUUCCAUUUCAGACAUGGUGCAGGCUGCAGGAAGCUCAAUAUCACGAGGCAGAGACAACAAAAAGCGUGGACCCGGGAAGUGUUCCACCUCCAGAAUUUGCGUACUGGGGAAUGGAGAGCCAUCAUACUACGUACGGAGACGUGGAUUGUGAAACCUUUGAAAUCAGCCCUGAAGAAAGUGCUUCGCUCCUGAUGGAAUGCCACCAAAGCCUCCAGACGGAGCCAAUUGAUCUAUUCCUCGCUUCCCUUCUACAUGGAUUUCGACAAACAUUCACUGAUCGACCCUUGCCUGUGAUCUAUAACGAAGGUCACGGGAGGGAAGUCUGGGACCCUGCAAUAGAUAUUUCGCGCACAGUAGGAUGGUUUACUAUCUUGCAGCCUAUCUUCUUGUCACAUAUUGCCAUGGAUGACCCUGUCGACGCGGUUAUACAGGUAAAAGAUCUUCGUCGCCGUGUUUCAGAUAAUGGACGACAAGCUUUCACACGCCGUGCUAUCCAAAACAACCACCAUUGCCCAAUGGAAAUCACAUUUAAUUACGUCGGUCAACAUAGGGAUCUCCAGAGAAAAGAUGGACUAUUUCAGCUUAUAAAUCAGAUGGCUGGAGAGACUGGUCGAGGCGGAGGAGCUGCAGACUUUGGAGAAGAAACUCCUCGAUUUGCGCUGUUCGAAAUAUCGGCAGUGGCGUUGCUGGGAAGUCUGCGCUUCACCUUCACUUUCAACAGAUACAUAGAGCACCAAACAUCAAUCCGAACCUGGAUAUCAACCUGCCAGAGCACGCUGAAAUACCUAGGGGCGAAGUUGCGAUCUCUUAAGCCAAGACCUACUUUGAGCAGCUUCCCAAUGCUUCCGCUCACCUACAGGGAGCUUGAGACAAUCUUAUCGAAUAAACUACCAAGCAUUGGAAUCCACUCGUCAGAUUUGGUGGAAGAUAUUUACCCUUGCUCACGUAUGCAAGAGGGUAUCUUGCUUAGUCGUUCUCGUGAUGAAGGCCUCUAUGCCGUACAUGAUACAUUGGAAGUAAAGGGCCUAGGAUGCACGCCCGAUGCUAAUCACCUCGCUCUUGCGUGGCAAAAGGUCGUUUCACGACACCCAAUGCUACGAACCAUCUUCGUGGAAAAUUUCACUAGCCAGAACUUGUUCUGCCAAGUUGUUCUGAAGAAUUUUGAUUCGCGUCCUAAUUUUGUGAGGUGCCUGAAGGACCAUGAAGUACUGGCCACCUUGGAUGAGCAACAGCCGAUGGCUUACCACAAACACCAGCCGCCUCAUCGACUAACAAUCUGUGAAACUGAGACAGGAAGGCUAUUUUGUAGGAUUGAGAUAAGCCAUAUAUCCAUGGAUGGCUCGUCGAUUUCUAUCAUCCUUCGAGAUUUGCAGUUGGCGUAUGGUGGAAAGCUUGAUGAUCGCAGACCAAUGUUUAAGAAUUUCAUAAGCUACUUGCAGAACGUUCCACAGCAAAACACGCUUGAAUACUGGUGUUCAUACUUGUCAAAUUUCAAACCAUGUCAUUUACCUCUGUUGAAUGACGGCAUGUCCACCUCAAAGCAGCUGCGAACUAUGCGGCUGAACCUAGGCUUCUCUGAGGAACUCCAGAAAGUUUGUGAACAAGAUAGAUUGACUUUAUCAACUGCGUUUAGUACUGCGUGGGGGCUUACUCUUCGCUCUUUCUGUGGCACCGAUGAUGUCUGCUUUAGCUACAUAACAUCUCUAAGAGACGUUCCUGUCGAAGACAUAGAGCUAGUUGUUGGACCGGUCAUCAGUCUGUUACCAUGUCGAAUGAACGCUUCGGGGAACCUCCUUCUUAGUGAUAUCCUACAUCAAGUCCAGAAAGACUACAUGGAACAAGUGCCCCAUAAACAUGCAUCGCUAAUUGACAUUCAACAUUCCCUGAAGCUCUCGGAUACAACGUUGUUCAAUACAGGUAUAUCCUUCAGGCAGCUGCCACGGUUCAGUGACACCAAAGAAUGGAUAGAAUUUCUCGAAGUCGGAGCAAUUUAUGAUCCUGCAGAGUUUCCUGUUUUUAUUAACAUUGAAGUUUCAGACGAUGAAAUACGCAUUGAUCUGAACCACUGGACAACUGCUUUGUCAGAUGGACAAGCAAAGAGUGUCGCCUCUACUUUCAUCAAAUCAUUGGAGAAUAUCAUUCACCACAAGAGCAAAAACAUUGGAUUAAUAGACGGAAUGAAUGAUUGGACUCAACAGCAAAUUGCAACGUGGAACAGCAAAAUCCCACAGAAAGUUGAUGGGUGCAUCCAUGAGGUUCUUGAAGAUAAGGCUAGUUUGCAGCCAGACUCCAUGGCAGUCGCGAGUUGGGAUGGAAAUCUUACUUACUCCAAGCUCAAUGAACUGUCCUCGGUCCUUGCUACCUACCUGACAGGGCUUGGUGUUAGCCCAGGAGCUUUGGUUCCGCUUUAUUUAGGCAAAUCAACAUGGCACAUUGCCUCUAUACUGGCAGUGAUCAAGGCUGGUGGUACCUGUAUCCCAAUGGACGAGUAUUGCAUACAGGGCAGUUUUGAUCAAUGGUUUAUUGACAGUCGAGUACAAGUCGCCCUUACAAGUCCAACCACAACACAUAUGCUCGAGGGCACAAUACCCUAUGUUAUCCCCGUGGGUAAAUCUCUCUUUGAAUACCUCCCAAAAUCUACUGCAGAGAACAGCUUCCCUGUUCAGCCAUCGGAUGAUGCCUAUGUGAUAUUUACUGCACAGAAGACUCGGCCUGUUGUUCUCAACCACACUGUGAUACUUUCCAGAGCAAAAGCAUUCGCCGAAGCUCUUGACAUGGACCAGAAGACAAGAAUGUUCCAAUUCUCUUCACCUACUUCUGAUAUGUUUGUCCAGGAGCUUUUUGGAACACUUCUGCACGGUGGAUGUCUUUGCAUCCCAUCUGACAGCGAUGUUGGGAAUCUUUCGGCGUCAAUAAAUGCAUCCCAAGCAAAUUGCAUCAGUAUCACGCCAUCAAUUGCUUCUUCCUUGUUACCCUCCAGUAUUCCUGAAGUCCAGGUCCUUGCCUUGUACGGGGAAGGUGCAAUAAAGAGGCUCACUGAAACGUGGUCGCCAAAGGUUCGACUACAUACUUUCUACGGUAGCGCUGAAUGCUCCUCAAUUUGUGUUCAUAAUUCAGCUUGCGACGUAUCUUCCGAAGUGCCCCAUGUUGGAUCAAGUCUGGGUUGCAUCUCCUGGCUUGUUGACCCUCACGAUCAUGAUAUACUGCUUCCUAUAGGAUGCGCUGGCGAAUUAGUGGUAGAAGGGCCAAUUGUCUCUCAUGGAUACCUUGAUAAGGAGCAGCAACCACUUAAAAACUUCUUUGAGAAUCCUAAAUGGAUUUCUAAUUUUAAGAACACGCCAGUAAAUAGAGAGGAGACUAUUCACCAGGUGAACUCUCCUCGACGGAUGUUCAAAACCGGUGACUUGGCUCGCUAUAAUUCAGAUGGCACACUGGUGUAUCUAGGAAGAAAAGACAAAGAAACCUCUUCUCAGUCUGAGAUAAGCAAGUGGAAAUUAGAGCAGCACAUAAGCGCGCUGCUCCCAGCUCAAUAUCAUUGUGCCGUGGAGACGAUAAAUUAUCCUAACAAGCAGGCAAUUGCCGACAAUCACUCUGUUUUCAUAUUUUUUGAGAACACCAAUUCGAAAGCCAGCAAAGAUAAUUACAGGUUAAUUUCUCAAACGUCACCUCAGUUCUACGAUGUUAUCGCUACGCUUCACACCAAGCUAUCGCGUUCUUUGCCGUUGAACCAAGUUCCGAGUUUGUAUUUUCCAGUGGCUGAAAUGCCACUCACGUCAUUCGGCAAAUUGAACCGUUUGGCAUUGAGAAACUGUGCCCUGGAACUUCCUGAUGAUGUCCGACUUGGGUUUCAUGUCAACAAAUUCAAUGAGUUUUGGCGACUUGCGUUGGCUGGUUCUGCGCCAAAUCAAUUUCCUCCGGUCUCUAUCAAGCAGGGACAUAAGACGAACACAUCAUGGUCCAGGCCAAUAAAAUUACGUCCCGCCGGAAAGACUGCAGUUUUAGCUGCGUGGGCGUUGGCUUUAUAUGGCUACACAGCAUCUAGAGAUGUAUGCUUCGGACAGUUGCUGCUGGAGCCUGAGAUAAGCAACACAGUAGUACCGCGGAGGUUCCAUAUUGACGAAGCAACUCCGAUAAAUGAAUUCCUUGGUAAUAUCAACCAAGCCUUAGCAGUUUCCCAACCUUUCCAAAAAGGUGGGCUCCAACGAAUUCGGAAUCUCAGUGCAGACAGCACACGUGCAUGCAAUUUCACCAACCUGCUUUGGAUAUCAGAUGCAAGUAAAGAAAGGCAAAGGACAUGUCAGGACAUAUUUGACGCUAAUGCCAAAAUCCAAGAUGAGUCUCUGGCUUACCCGUUAAUACUGUGCAUCAAUUCAGGUGAAGACAUGGAAGUCAGUGCUCGGUACGACCGAGGAGCACUAUCUGCCUCCCACAUUGAGCGAAUUAUAUCCCGGUUCAUGGACUAUCUCGACUUUUUGAACUCAGCAUCCAAGACACAAGACACAAUAAGCUGUAUGGCAAUUUUCGAAGGCCAAAACAUAUACACCAUUAGCACUGAUAUGGAUUACUGGAAGAAGUCUCUGGCUGAUGUUGAGCCGUGUCUUUUCCCCUCCUUGUGUUCGGAGACGCCUCAAGGAAGCUUUGGCUUCACUGAACUGGAACUCAAAUCCGUCCCAGAUAUACACAAAUUGAGCCAAAGUGUCGGGUCCAGCACCAAGUGUCUCCUUCAAGUUAUUUGGGGCUUGGUUCUGAGGUGUUACACAGGCAUGGAAGAUGUGUGUUUUGGAUAUUGCCCUUCAAUUACCGAUAAGUUUUCAAAUGGCCAAGAUUGCACCAAAGAACCUUCAUUUGAAGACGCCCUUGUCUGCAGAUUAUGUCUAAAUGACGAUAUUAAAAUUGCGGAGGCUGUUCAAACGAGGAAACAGGAAUUUGAAACAAUGUUGCUCCAUCCUAUUUUUCUUGCUCAGAUCCAGAAAGAGCUUGGGUUUCACGAAACCACUUUCUUCAAUACAAUCUUCAAAUUCGAGGAAGUCUCGAGUGUCUCUGACCGGCU